AUGCGCACUCGUUGUGAGAAAUUUUUUAAUGAAAUGUUUUUAAAUGGGCUAGAUGAUGCUUCAUUUAGUUACUUGAACCUGUACUUGGAUGGGAAAGGUGAUGGAAUUUUUCAAAAAUCAGAUUUUAGAAACAACGAAACCAGACCAAAUUACGAGGAAUUCUCUUUUAUCGCCUCUCCCACUAUUACCGCAAUACAGGCCAGUUAUGGCAUUUUGGAUGCCCGGGCACCCAUGCCAUCUAUUGCAACAGAUUUCUUGUUUCAGACUACAGCAGACACCCAUCAACUUAAUGAAUGUUUUAUUAGUGCACACCUGGUAACUGAAGAAUUAAAUCCAGGACAAAUGUUGAGGGUUUUAUUCCACGUCAAUCGAACUGACAUGGAUCGACGACCAAACUAUAUUUUAGAUAAGAAGGAGUACUUGAAGAUGAAUGCUCAAAGAACGUUUUGUGUGUUUGCACAUGCAGUAAGAAACAACCAAACGUUAACCUCGUAUUGUGAAAUCAACAUGCCAAAAACAAGUACAUGUGUAGCCCAAGUGACACUCUCACACAAAUGGUGGUCCUAUCCUAACUACAAACUAAGGGGCAGUACAAACAGUGAUUCAUCAAAUAAGAUCAACAAAAGUGAUGAUACAUCAGACAGUAAUGUGAACUUGAAUUUUAAAUUUGACAAACCAAGUGCAAAGCCAUCAAUAGCUUUCUUGUCAAGAAACACAGACAACCACAAACAUCGCCAAACAAGCACCACAAAUUCACAGUACAAACACAAACUCAACGUAUUUUACUCAAUGAAGGAAGGAUCUUGUCCUCACGAUCGAAAAUUUCCAGGCUCACCGACUCCCAAAUUUGCUCUCGGGUAUGUCCACCUAAUUUCUGACAUGUCACCAUACAUAGGAGUCUUGGAGGACCAGCAUGUUGUCAUCAACUACCCGACACUUCCUCAAAGUCCUGGUUCAGUUUUUCGACUGCCAUUCACACUACAGCCUGAUUCCAAUCUGCUUGCUUUCGAUGUUUUGUUAGUAGGGUUUUUGUUGGCUUUCGAAGCAUUUGGUCUCAGAUGUUCAAUGUUGUUGUUUACAUUGUCAAUACUCUCUUUCAUGUAUUAUUUUUGUUAA